GUGCAGACCAUCGAGCUUCCCAGACUUCUUGUCUUUCUGAUCACAAGACAAAAGCAAAGUCGACAGGUCAAUUAUCUUGGUAGCUAAUUGAAAUAUACUAUGCAAUACAGGAUGGGUCUGAUUAACAUUCAAGAUCUCAAUUUACCAGGGAAAGAUGAAUUGUGCAACUCACUCCGGAAGCUCGUAGACGCUACACCAUUACUCGCAGCUCUUCUUGCGCCUGUGUCAACAUUGUAUGAUGUCCCAGCGCUGACGCAACGAUGGUAUGCGAAAAACGGAGAUCCUAUAUCUGACCCGACGGCGUCACUCAUUCUUUCUGCGAUCAGUUUAUCGGCGAGUAUCUUGGCGAACACAUCUCUAGUGGUACGUUACACAGUUCAUGCGCAGAGAUUUUGGCAUUCAGCUAUCAUCAUCUCCACGUAUGGUUGGAUAUUCAAAGUAUUGGUUGGGGUCAGCAAUCUUGUCGCAUUCGGAGCUUUGAGGAGGAAUGGACCGGAGUACACAUAUGUGGAAGGAUUUUGGUGUGCAAUUAUGUCUUUGAGUUUGAGCGUGUUCGUAGCUUUCCAAUUAUUCUUUCAUCUAGCCUUUGGACCGGGAGGAGGAUGCUCGAACACGAUUCAUUGGCAAGCUCGGACCUUAAUUAUCUCAGAGAUCGCUAUUGUUGGAUUGCUAGCGAUACAGGCUUUACUUUUCAGUAAAAUAGAAGGCUGGUUAUAUCUUGACGGCUUGUAUUUCUCAGUUGUCUCCCUUUUAACAAUUGGUUUUGGAGACUACGUGCCAACCCACACCAGUACCAAAAUUAUGCUUUUCCCGUUCAGUGUAGCUGGGAUCGUAGUCUUUUCUAAUCAGAUUUCGUUGAUCGCAACUUUUUCCGCUCGUGCUUUUCAAGUUCGCAACGGGCGAGAAAAUCUGCAGUAUCAUCAUGACAGUUGUCAGGGAACUGCAGAAGCAGACACGUGCGCUGAGCAAAGGUAUGCAAAGCUGAUGGAGGAAGUGCAAAGGUUGCGGACACGUCAAAUCAAAUUGCAGAAUAACCAGGAACGGAAGAUGAUUUUCCGUUCUCUCUUCUUGCUGAUCGCAUUCUGGCUGGUGAGCGGCGCUUUGUACUCCAAGAUGGAAGGCUGGACAUUUGGUGAUGCUCUUUACUUUUCAUACGUCUUUUUUCUCACACUAGGUUACGGUGAUUUCUCUCCAACUACACCAGCCGGUAAAAGUUUUUUCAUUCUUUGGGCUCUAAUUGCAGUGCCAAUCAUGAUUGACUUCGUUGUUCACGCGAUACAACUCACUGUUGCACGUCUCACCCGAAUCCUUACCGAACAAAUGCAAGAAAAUCAGCAAGAAUGGCGUGAGACAGUGACCGAAUACUUUGUUCCAUUGCAGACGUUGACGGAGCACGUUAAGGCUGACCUGCUUGCUGAUCUGGACGCUGAUCUGGACCGCACACAGUCUCUGGUCGAAGCCAAGGCGAACAAGACAUUGUCGACUUGUUCUAUUCAAGGAUGUGAACGAAAUCGUAUAACAUCGACGUCAAAUGAGCCUUUUCAAAAUGCUAGAUUUUCGUCUGUGAAUCAUACAAUGUUAGUUGCCUUACUGAAAGAGACAGCUUUGAUCCAACAACAAAGCCAUCUUUUGUUGUUACAGCAGCUAAGACGCGGUAGUCCCUCUUGGCUAUUGCUACAGGCUGAUUUGAACAUGAAAAACAAAAGUAAUAUCAUACCUGAAUUCAAAGGAAUUGCCAACCAAACCUUAGAACAGCGUGCUUGGUCUCAGGAGAAAGAGCUGAUAGCACAGGUCGCUACAUUUCGUUCAGGUCAGGCCCGUCUUCGUGCGCUUUCUGAGCAUGUCACGCACAGUAUCGACCGUUACCCUGCGUAAUUCAAAGCUACCUCGAACUUCCCCACUCCGACUUGGGCCACACUAGAUGCAGUUGCAUCACAUUACUGCAAUCUGCAUUCUAAGAAUUUGUGCUUCUGGCUUGAUUUAGGACACCUUUAGCGUUCCUAUAGAAUCCUGGUCCCUCA